AUGCCACGUCCACGGGCCCAUUCUGGGGCUGAUGGCCCCAAAGAGCCUCAUGCAGUCUCUCUGAAAGUGCUCCGGCUAUCACGACCUUCCUUGUCUUAUCAGUACCCUCUUCCAGCAUCAAAUACGAAAAUUUCGAGCAAAGCAUCAUUGAGCUACCCAUCCGAUAGCGCCGAUGACCAAUUUAUCCUCUCUCCUAAUCUAACACUGCCGCCUGCCUUUGGAUCUGCCUAUGUGGGCGAAACGUUCGCUUGCACUCUCAGCGCGAACAAUGAACUCCCGGAAGACGAGACCUCGCGCAUUCUCACGUCGGUCCGCAUCGUCGCAGAGAUGCAAACCCCCUCACAGGUAGCAGCGUUGGAUCUGGAGCCCGUAGAAGAUACCUCUGCGCACGAGGGCCUGCAGAAAGGACAGUCUUUGCAGAAAAUCGUCCGGUUUGAUCUCAAGGAAGAAGGAAACCACAUAUUAGCGGUCAGCGUCAGCUAUACGGAGACUCUAAUUGGCUCCGAUUCGCAAGCGGCUAGUGGACGCGUGAGGACAUUCCGCAAGCUUUAUCAGUUUGUCGCACAGCCAUGUCUGAGUGUGCGGACGAAAUCGUCCGAGUUGGCCCCACUGGAGGUUGAAAAUAAAUCGUUGGGUCCCUACGGGAAAACUCGAUUACUCCGUUUUGCUCUUGAGGCACAGUUGGAAAAUGUGGGCGACGGUGCCGUCGUGGUGAAGCAAACAAACUUAAACCCCAAGCCUCCAUUCAAGGCGGCUUCUUUGAACUGGGACCUCGAACGGCCCGACCGGUCCGACUCGCAGCCACCCACCUUGAACCCACGCGACGUCUUGCAAGUUGCGUUCCUUGUUGAACAGGAAGAAGGACAGCAGGAAGGACUGGAGACUUUGCAGAAAGAUCUGAAACGGGAUGGGCGGGCCAUAUUGGGGCAACUAUCUAUAGAAUGGAGGGGGGCUAUGGGAGACAAAGGAUUUUUGACGACCGGAAACCUGCUCACACGACGGCGGACAUGA